AUGAAAUAUUUAACGCACAUAUUUUUUUUUAUUAUACUUUUUCAAUUUAUAGUUGAUAAAUACGAUAACAAUGGAAAAUCAUUGGACAAGUUUUUAAAUAUACGAAAUGAGAGAUUUCUAGUAGAAUAUUAUGACGCUAACAUUGAUCAAUAUAAUGGCAAUCAAUCAAAAAAAAAAAAAAAUAUAUAUACAUAUGAAUCAAAUGGUAUUUCACAAAACACUACUAAUACCAAAAACCAAUCAGCAAGUUUUUAUGCACAACCUACCCACGGCCAAUAUAAAUACCAUCGCAAUAAUGUAUAUACUCCCUCUGAAGAGUUCAAUUUUUAUAAUAGUACGUUCAUGGAAAGGCUAAGACAUAAUUCUAAGAUCAUUAUGGGAUCAUCUGCAGCGAUAUUUUUUCUUGUCGAAGAUUUAGGAAUUAGAGCUGUGCUAUUUUUAAUAUUUUCUGCUGCUGUACUCGCUUAUUUCACUUCCAUAUAA